UGCGCAUACUAGAUAUUUUCCUGUUUGUUCUACUACGACAAUUAAAUAUACUGUUUUCCCUGGAUAUAAUGACAUGUUUGUGUAAAGAGCGCAAUAAGUACUUUGUUGACUAGGUAUUUACAACAACAUACUCAGUUUGUCGGAAAUGCGAUGGAAAAUAAAUCGGAAUUAUGGCGUCGGAUAAUGGAUUCCAUUACAACACUUGGUUAGAUUUGAAGUUGAAUAUAGAGGUGAACGCGCAGAAAUCCCGCAUUCUGAUUGGCUUACCCUUAGCUGUCAUUUAAAUCAAGAUCAUAUAUCAGACAUGGAUACUUCAUAGUUCAUAGCUCUUAUGACACUUUCAAUACACAGGAACAAAAAUAGCACCUAUCAACCACCAUAUUAGUACAUAUUUUAAAUUUACCGCCAAAAGUCUGCACACAAACCUCUAACAUUCUACGUCAAAUCGGGUUCAUCCACAACCAAUACUUGCCAUACUAUCCAUUCUCCAGCUGUACAAUAGGUUGCCUAACGUAAAAGGUGAAGUAUAAAUUGGUCGCGCAUCUCCCGCUACAUACGCAGAAGUUGUGGGAAGUUAAAGUGUAAUUAAUUCGGUACAUUGGUAAUCUCGUCUAUAAACACCGCGACCUGCUUACCGCAGUUGCGCACCGUUCCUGGCCUGGAACGGGUGUCGUGGGGUUAUCGGCAACAACCACGAUCAGUUAAUUCCGCGAUCACUUUUCUUAACUGGAAAGUAACUUACAUUAACGCGGCAGGAAUUUUGUCAAGCGGCAAGCGACAGGUGCAGCAAUUGAAAGUAAAUUUCUACUUUCAUAUUUUCACGGCAUCAAGCAAUUGUUCUUUUAGUUGCUGUUGACACUGCAAUUGUAAGAAACGUUUCGUCAUCGCAACUUAUCUCAAUUCGGAUCAUGGACAAAAUACGAGAGGAGACAAUUCGUGACUUGCGCUGUUGUUUGGUGUUUGCAAAAGAAGCUUUGGAAAUAAAUCGACUUGCUGCUGAUUAUAAAACAUAUACAAAACAUAAUAUUCCACUUAAACAAUUAGGGUUUGAGAAUCUGGAGGAGUUUUUACAAUCGGUGGAGUCGUUUGUUGUGCGCAAAGAGGCUAACGGACAAAUUUUAGUGGAAGCUAAGACUUUACCGCAUAUUUCCAACAUGGCGGCGCGCCAGAAUACAAAACAUAAAAGCGGAGUAAUAUCACACAAGAUCCCAAACGAUGGCGGCCUGUGGAUACGCUGAAAAAGAAUUAUCACUAUCGCAACUCACCGCGUCUUGCACAACACAAUCAAUUUCUCACUAGUUGCGACAGGAGAAAUAACAAUAACAAUGUUAUACAUGUAACACCACGCGAGAAAUCAAAAUGGAGUAGUGAAUUUGUUGAAAGCGGCAAUAUCGGUAAAGAUUUAUGGAAUUUCACUCGGUUUUGUCGCAUUGCUGAGCCGCAAAUCACUGUGAUGGAACGCAAAAGCAAACCGAACCGCCCGGCACAAUUUGACUGCAAAAUAAAGGUGGACGGUGAGAGUAUGUCCAGUUUUCCGGAUGAUUGCUUCGAUGAGCGUUCGGCUACUCUAAGUGCAUCAAAAAAAGCGCUCGAGAAACUCAUCAAAAAGUACGGCCGAACGCGACCACAACACAUUCCCGUUUCAACCGAGAGUUGCGUCAUUGAACGCGUACCACAAUUUAUUAGUAAACAUUUCAACGGUGUGUGGAGUUGGCAAGUCGAAGCGGAUUACAAGGAUGUUUAUCAAGAAGCGCUGCCUGCAAACUGGAUGAAAAUCAUUGAGGAGCAAGCGAUACAUUCGAUUGUUAUCGAACAGAUUGGCGAUAAGUUUAUUCUACGUGCUUGUACACCAGGUAUAAACACGAAACAUACAUCUAUGAUUAUUAGUGAUGUAUGUGUGCCAACCAGCACGGCUGAUUUCAACGAGAAAGGGUACAUGACAGCAAAAUCACUUAUACUGUGUCUGCAGCGGAGAUUUGGUGUCGGCAGAUGGACACACACGAUACUACUUUGUUUGAUGUAAUGCAGAAGCAGUUUAAUGAUACUUACAACAAACAAUUCGAGCAGAAAUUGAUUAAAUCUGUUGGUAAGAUUAUUGAAGGUAAUUAUUAUGCGGCGUGGAAGAUUGACAGCGGAUGGCAUCGUGUACGUGCUUUAGAAGUACACCAAACUGAUGCAAAGUGUUUGUGUCUGUUUGUUGAUAUCGGUGAAGAUUGUUUAAUUAAUUUCGGGGAUAUUUAUGCACUGCAUAUGGACUUUGCGCGCGUACGUGCGCAAGCGUUUGCUUGUAAAUUAACAGGACUAGACGCACUUUUCGAUGUCUCACAAGAUUCGCAAGCUAUUAGAGAUCUGCAAGGAAUGGAUGUGACACUGGAAGCUGUCGGUGGUGAUGAUGAGGAAGACGUGCAGAAAAUAUUCAGUGUUGUCAUGUAUGAUUUGGAGACUGGUCAAGCGUGUAAUAAAGAUUUGAUGAUCUCGAUUGCGGUGGAAAAUGCAACACAUCAUUUUGAAACUGAUAAAACUUAUGAGGUUUUUGUUUCGCAUAUUGGUAUUAAGAGCAUGUUUUACGUGCAAAUUCGUUCUGUUGGCUACGACUCCAUGUUGAAUUUGAUAAAAGAUCUACAGGGUGAUUUACCACAACAACAGAUAACUAUUACACGUGAAAACAGCAUUGGUAAAUUAUAUUUUGCCAAAUUAGAAGAUGGUUGUCAUCGUGUAAGGAUUAUCGACUCGUCGCCUAAUUUUGAAUAUGCGCAAUUACUCUACGUGGAUGUAGGCACUACUAAAGUUGUUCCUAUCAACAACACACAGUUAAUACCUUUGGAAACACUAAGUCCAGCUUUAAAUAGAUUCCCUCCGCAAGCUACACUCGUCAGUUUGCAUUCCGAAAGCAAACUUAUCGUUGAUGAUUUUGUUGAUAAAAUAAAGGAGUUAUUACCGCAGGAACAAAGUGUUCUUAUGCGUGUGCAAGAUAUACACGAGGACGUGCCUAGCGUGAUGCUUUUAUACCGAAUUCGAAUGGAUUAGUCUCUGUUAAUGAGCGAUUAUGUGAUCAGAAAACUUUUAUUACACCACCGGAUUCCCCGCAUAAUGUACCUUCAGCGGGUGUUUUACAAUCACCACGAUUGCCUAACAUGCGCGAAUAUUUCGAGGUGAAGAUUCCGUUUGCGGUGAAUCCGUGGAAUUUUUUCGUCCAGCCUUUGGAUUCAGCGCAGCAGUUGCGCGAUAUGAUGACGCGUAUGCAAGCGACGUUUGCGAAUCGACACACGGAGCCGGUUAAUCUUAAAGAUGUCUCAGCUGGAAAUAUUUACGCAGCGAAACAUGACGAUGGUAAAUGGUGUCGGGUCUGCGUGCUGAAGACGAUUUAUCCCAGCGCCAUUGUUGUUUUAUGUGGAUUACGGUUACUAUGCUAAUCUGGGUUAUCAGAACUUGUUUGCGUUGGAUAAGCAGUUUCUGGAGUUGCCUUAUCAGGCAAUCAAAGCUAAACUAGCAGGUGUCAAGCCAAUUCAAGAGAAAUGGUCUGUGGAUAACUGUCGGUACUUUGAGAAUUUGGUGCAGCAGCGGGAAUACGUGUCGGUUAUUAUCGCAAUCGAAAAAGACGAGCUUUAUCCUUGCGAUAAUGUUCUCGUACUGAAACUUAUCGACACGAAGUCGUCCGGCAAAGAUGUGCUUAUUGACGAUUUUCUUAUUCGGAAGAAGAUUGCUGUCAAAGGCUAGUUAAUUAUUUAUUGAGAAUAAGACUUAUGUAUGCAGAGAUUUAUUAUUGUUAUACGUUGUUAUUUGUUAUGCAAUAUUUUAUAACUUUGUUUAUAUUCGAACAGUUUGAAUUAGUGACGUAGUGGGAGGUAACCAUGCACGAAUUGGCGCGUAAUUUGAAAUUUGGAUCAUAUACAUAACUUUUAUAUAUGAUAACUUUUAUAAAAUAUUUACCUAUAA